AUGGCUUUCAACAGGUUUGAUGCAGAAGCUAUAUACCGGAUCCCCUUGAGUAGGCGGUGUGUUCCAGACAAGCUAUUCUGGCUGCAUAACAAAAACGGGAGGUACUCUGUGAAAUCCGGUUAUCAUACAGCAAGGCUUAGGCAGCGGAGGAUCAUUGAAAAUGCUCUGUGUCCCAUUUGCAUGCAAGUUCCUGAAACUAUUGUUCAUACUCUAUGGGAAUGUGGUGCAGUCCAGGACGUUUGGGCUGGCUGUCCUCAACGUGCUUUGCAGAAAGGGCUGACUGCCCAGGCCUCUGUUCUUCAACUGGUGGAGGUGCUAAUGCAAAGGCUGCCUGAGGACGCUCUAGAAGCUUUUCUGGUGCAAUGCUGGCUGUUUUGGCAUAGGCGCAACCGGGUUGUGCAUGGUGGUCUUUUGCAGGAGCCGGGGGUUUUGAUUGAUCGGGCUAAGAGCUUGCUGGCAGAGUAUAAGGAUGCACAGGUUCUGCUUUCUCUCCCCGCCCCUGCUGGUCUGUGUCUGGGGUGGCAGCCACCUGAUAGCUCAACGUACAAGUUGAACUUUGAUGCGGCAGUCUUCUCGAAUGCUUCAGCUUCUGGUGUGGGCGUGAUGAUCAGGAAUGCUGGUGGUCAGGCUGAUUGGUCUCGGCUGGGGAUCCUCUUUGAUGAUAUCUGCUGCUUGGCCGGAAGGUUGCGACGGGUGGAAUUCAAAGCCAUUAGGCGUGCUGCUAAUGGGGCAGCCCAUUCAUUAGCUAGGUUUGCUAGAAAUAUUAGGGAGGAAAUUGUUUGGUUGGAGGAAGAUCCUCCUCCGGCCCUUGAAGCCUUGUAUGUAGACUCAUGUUAUUUGUCUUAUGAAUGA